AAUGAGGAGCACAGUCCAAAGAUCCUGUCCUGUGUGGAGUCGUGCUCUCUCCCGAGGUCUCUCUACGUAAUUGUACCUGAAACAAUUCCACCUGAAUACCAAGUAGCAAAAGUUGAAGCCGUCGGCUGUGAUGCCAAAUCAACGCAGUUAACUGUGAAGGACCCGAGUUUUACAAUAAAAAGUAAUGGAGCAGUGGUAGCUUUAACGUCUGUCUCAGUGGCCGAAAGAGGACGGACAUUUUCUGUGUGCGCUCAGGAUAAUAGUGGACCGGAAAGUAAGAUGAAAGUUCACCUUGUCCGCAGUACAAUGCUGAAAAAACAUCAACGAGGCCAAGGCUUCCUGAGUCGCUCUAAAAGACGCUGGGCACCUCCGAACUUCAACGUAGUGGAGAAUGAUGAAGGACCCUAUCCAAAACUAAUCGAAAAGCUGGUGUCAGAUACCUCAGCCACAUAUAAUGUGUACUACACUAUCGAAGGAGAAGGAGUCGAUAAGUAUCCAACUGGAGUGUUCAGACUGGAAAGAAACACAGGGGAGCUGUUCUUGCUCAAAUCAGUGGACCGUGAGGCCUUCCCAGAAUAUAAAUUUGUGGUGCGUGUUUGGGACCAGAUCACAAAUCGGGAGACAGAUGAGAAUCUGCCUUUGAAAGUGCUUGUAGAUGAUGUAAAUGACAAUCCACCUGAGUUUGUAGGUUCACUACAGUUUACGGUUCCUGAGCACUGUAGUGUAGGGACUGUGGUGGGAAAGGUGAAUACAACCGACAAAGACCAAAAUGGCACUGACCAUGUGAAGAUUAAGUAUACACUCCUAACUGGAACAGCCAUGUUUACCAUUCAUCCACAAACAGGUGUCAUCACAACAACAACCAACACCCUAGACAGAGAGUUACAAGACAAGCAUUUAGUGAUUGUAAAAAUCCAGGAUAUGAAUGGUGCAGCAAAUGGUCUGGUUGCUACAUCAACAGCAACAAUUGUUCUGAGUGACAUCAAUGACAACCCGCCAAUCUUCAUGAAAACAUCUUAUGAUGUCGCUGUGCAAGAGAAUGAAAGUGAAAAACUUCUACUUCGAAUUCCAGUUCAAGAUAAAGAUUUGAUAAACACACCAAACUGGAUAUCAAAGUUUGUCAUUAGUCAAGGAAAUGAAAAUGGAAAUUUCAGGAUUGUUACUCACCCCUACACAAAUGAAGGGCUUCUGUACGUCUCAAAGCCAUUAGAUUAUGAGAAGACGAACAGUGUACAGCUUCAGAUCACGGCACAAAAUCAAGCACCGCUGAGUGGCAGCAGCGCCAGUUGGAACUCCAUCCCUGUGAAGGUCAAUGUCACCAAUGAAGGCCCAGAAUUCUCUGCUCCUUCGAUCCGCUUCAAUGUCAAAGAGAACACACCAAAUGGCACAGUGAUAGGAACUUAUACAGCUACAGAUCCUGAGACCAAGAGCAGCAAAGGCAUCAAGUAUUACAAGGUCACAGACCCGGGCUCCUGGAUCAGUGUGGACAGAGACACGGGAGAGCUGAGGGUGGCAAACACAAUUGACAGAGAGUCACCGCUUGUUCAUGAUGGGUUUUACAACGUCACAGUGAGGGCUGUUGAUGCUAGCUCCAUGACAACAACAGGAACUGUCAUCCUUCUGGUGGAGAAUCCUAUGAGUCCAGUCAGCAUUUUAUUAAAAACAAAGACAGAGCAAAACGAAGAGGUUUGGAGGGUUCCAGGUAAUAUGUCUUGAGAAACUGCCUGUUAAAUUCUUAAAGAGUGUAAAAGUGGUGAGCUUGGAGAACCAGACAUCCACAAAGGCAUUAACACUGUGACAAUAAAGAUCGAGAGCACGAA